CUGUACUUUCAUCGGCAUCGUGGUAUAGAGGUUACACAGGAAUCUGCAAGGUACCCCAGGGUAUUUGCCUGCCGCCAUGGCCGAUCUCGAAGAGAGCUGGCGAGCUCUCCUAACGUGGAUGGACGAAAAGCACGGCUGGAACAGCUCGGACCUCAAGGUCGAAUGGAAAGACGUCCCAGGAGCUGGACGAGGAUUGUUUGCGAGCGAGGAUAUCUCGCCUGAAACGACACUCCUGAGGUUACCACCUUCUGCGCUAUUACACCCACGCAACAUCUAUGCUCAACAUCCCAAUGGCCUUCCACAAGGGAUUUUUCCCAAGGACGUCAUCCCUCAAGCACGAUCCAUCCGCCCGGGUAACGGCCGGACAACGUCAGGUCGACUCAUCCAUACGGUCCCGAGGGAAGGAGGAAAGCGUCAAAAAGCAGCAUCAGUCGGUUUGUCCGACAACUCUAGAGGAUCCAGUAUACAAUCCUCCAGCCCGCCUGCAGCUGCGAACGGGUCGGUCUCUGCCCGGACGGAUGCUGGCAGUCUUAACUUGACCACAACCCAAGUGCUGAGUUUAUACCUGGCGCUAUAUCGACCCGUCCCGACAAGACGGACUGCCUCAAACUCGCCCUGGCUACCUUACCUACGCACGCUUCCCGAGAGUUUCCGAGAUUGGCAUCCGCUAACAUGGACAGUCUCUCCAACUGCCGGCCGGAUACCCUUACGUCAAUCCGUGUCUGCUAGCAACGCCGACCCCUCGGGUACGAUGGACUCGCCAGGCACCAGCGAGGAUCUGACAUGGACUACGCUUCGUGAUCUCGCGAGGGAUCAUCUUCCGCCCGUCGUCAAGACCAAGUUGGAAGAUGUCUCGAGGCGAUACGAGAGGGAUAAAGAGAGAGUGGUCCAGGCCAUGCAAGAUCUUGCUCAGAAAGCCGGAGCGGAGCCGGCGCACGAUUGGGUUAGGGCAUGGGAAGAGGUCGUGGAAGAGGACUUUCUCUGGGGAUGGUUGAAUGUGAACACCCGAACUUUCUACCUUCCCCUAAACAUCGCGUCCCAUACAAUAAAACCACAAGCGAAUUACCGGCUCAAGAAGGAGGACCUCGACGCGGAACAACAAAACCAUACCAUGGCACCGGUUUUGGAUUUCGCGAAUCACUGUCAUACAAAUUAUCGUAAAGCGUGUCUCGCUACCAAUAUCGCGCUCGUCCGGACCAUCACUCCUCCCGCUAAAACGAAAACGAAACGACCGAAGGACAAACCGGAAAAGAAGCGUUCGAAGGCGGACGCCAACAUGUCGGAUUCGUCUUCCAGAUACGACAGUUCCGACGCAGGAACGCCUCCGGUCAUUCCCCUCUCCGACCCAUCGGUAAAGGUCAAAGCGGAUGUCAUCUCGGUCGCAGAUGCCCCCUGGUCCGCUCGUUCGCUCCACUUGGUCGCUCCAAAGCCCAAGGGGGACGAGGAAUCUCCCAGUGUAGAGAUCAACAAUGGGGAACGGUGGAUCAAGAAGGACGAAGAGGUCUUCUUUCCCUAUGGAGGGCAUGAUGAUGAGACCCUCUUCACGGAAUACGGCUUUGUACCCUUCUUUCCCGGUGAAUUCGGGGAAUCCGACGAUGAUACCAAAAUGAGCAAGGGGGUCGAGCUCGGAGGGAAUCCGCAUGCGGCCGUGUCGGUUGAUCAGCUGGUUGAUAGAUUAUGGCUCAAGGUCGACCGUGAGGGUCGACGGGCGAAACACGAGUUGCUCGAUAUGCAGGGAUACCUUGGUGAUUAUACGUUGCAUACACAUCCUGCGCCAGCGCAACCUUCACACCGGCUGUUGCCAGCUCUAAGAUUGCUGCAUACGCCCAUCCCGGCCAAGACUGUCGACGCUUACGUCGAACAGCCAUACUUCCCCGCCGCGUCGUACUCGCUGGCAUUGGCGGAAUGGUUGGAUACGCUCUCUGGCGUGAAGGAAGCCAUGUCCGCGGACAUCGAAACGAACGUCAAGAAUUCCCUCAUAGAGCUGUGUGACCUUGUCGAGCAAGACGCAGAAGAAGGACUCUUGAGCCUCGAGACCAAGAGAUCACGCCUCAAGGAGAGCAGCGACGGGUCCAAUGAAGGAAUGGACGCGGUGAAGCGAUUGUGGGAAAGCCAACGGAGAAUAGGGAGACUCGUCACGAGUAGUGUGAUUGCCGGCACCGCCUUCUGAAUUAUAGAUACAGUUCUCCUGGUUGCAAGCAACAGAUUAUACAUGGUCAACCUAGU